AUGGGGGCUCUUUGCACCAAUCCUAGGUCCAUGAGGGAACAAGAGGAGGAAGAAAGUGGCGGAGGGGGCAGUUUAUCAGAUGAUAAUAGAAAUGUCCCUGAAGAAUUGAGAUAUUCGGACAAUGGUAAUCCACUUAUACCAGACGAUAAUGACGAAGAGGAAAUGGAAAACGAUGCGCUUGCUGCGAGGGAAACGGUACAGAGGGAAAUUGAGGGACAUAAGAGACGCGCUGCUUAUACCAAAUCUGUUUUUCAACACCCUCAAACAGAUCAAGAUACAGUGAAUUCCACUCGCUCACUCUACGAUUCCGAUGUAGCAUAUAUACACCAACAUGGACGAGUCUAUGUCGGAGAUUAUUACAUGCCAAUUGACGAAGAAGAACUCGAUCGUCUCCGCAUCAUCCACCAAAUAUACCUCCAAAUCUUCGACAACAAACUCACCACCGUGCCUCUCCAAUCCCCCACGCGCAUUCUCGAUAUUGGAACCGGCGCUGGCGAUUGGGCCAUGGGAAUGGGGGAUCUAUGGCCCUCGGCCGAAAUAAUCGGGACAGAUAUUGCCAAAGUGCAACCUACCGCCGUACCCCUCAAUGUAUUUUUCGAAAUCGAUGAUGCGGAAGAAGAAGGGGGGUGGACAUGGCCUCCUAACGAAUUUGAUCUGGUUCACUUGCGGAAUAUGGCUGGUGCAUUUAGUGAUUGGGAUCAUAUAUAUUCGGAAGCCUAUCUGCACCUAAAACCCGGUGGUUGGAUUGAAAUCAUGGAUUUCGACGACCCGAAAGCCUUUCUCUCAUUUUUCGACCCCGAUAGCCCGAUGGCGUCUCUCAUACGCGAUAUUGAAGAAGCGGCGCGGAUAUCGGGGCGACCGGGCGGAGUGGCGCAUCUGCAGAUGGAACGGUUGCGCAAGAGAGGAUUUGUGGAUGUGGAGGUUAGGGAAUUUGGGAUCCCGAUGGGCACGUGGCCCGAGGAAAAGACGCAGAGGACGAUAGGCAAAUUGUGGUUGGUGUCCAUGUUGAGCUCGUUGGAAGCGUAUACGUUGCGAUUGUUUACGCAGGCGUUGGGCUGGGAUGAGGAGGAGGUGAGGAGGAGGUGUGUGGUGUGUGCGGAGGAUAUGAGGAGGGUAAGUAUGGAUGGGGAGAGGGCGAGGGGGUUGAAAACUAUGGCGAGGGUUUUAGUGGGAAGGAAACCCGGGGGUGGGGUGGAUGUUGGGAUUGGGGAUGGGGAAAGGGAGGGGGAGAGCGUGGUGACGGAUACUCGGACGAUUAAUGGUGAUGGUACGGUAAUAUAA